AUGAAUUGCGACCUUCAUACAAAAAAUCCCAUUACUUUGAUAUGUAUUGCCCCUCACAAAUGUUAAUGUUAAAGGAAACUGUGUGUUGAAUGCUAAUAUGAGCAUAAGGUGGAUUAGAAAUAUACAGUUCCGAUAAAAAUUUUUGAAGAAAUGGUUAUCAAGAAAAUAAAAGAAUACAAGCUUGAUGAGUCAUCUGAAUUAAAAAAUUACAGAUUAUCUUUUAAAAAUAUGCUUUCUCAAAUCCAAAGUAAUGUGAAUAACAUUUUGGAAGAAUUAUCAGAAUCAAUCAAAUUAAUAUAUGAUUUGAUUGAAUAGGAAAAUAUAUCAUUCCUUUCUCUUAUCAACCAAAAUACCAAUCCAGCUGAAUCCUAUUAUACUGAUUUAGAAAAAUUAGUCUAAAUGGUAGAAGGAACAAUAUUAAAUGAUUGGAACGAUUAUAAAAAUUCUUAUAUAUUAAAGUUGGAAGAGACCAAGAAUAAUUGCGAAUAAGAAAUUAAAACUUUUAUGGAAAAUUCGAGUAAAGAGAUGAAAAAGAUAAAGUUAUUAGUUAAGUAAGAGUUUAAAUCUUAUUCUAGCAUUCAACUUAAUUAAGAAAAUAAUGAAGUGAACGAAAUGAAAGAAACCCUAUAUGAAAUAUUAGCCUAAUGUUAAGAUAUUGAUGAAUCAAUAUAUAAGGUGCUUAUUGAAAUACUGAAAAAAGAGAAAAUUACAGAUCUCCUAGGAUUUCUUACAAAGACAUACAAUUAAAAGCUUUAUGAAUCAUUUAUCAUUUAGCAUGAGAAUGUAAACGAUGCUCAAAAGAAAAUUAAGAAAAUCACAAACUUUUUGAAAAAAAUUUCUGAUCAACCAUUUAGUAAAGCCAACUAUUCUUCAGUAACUUAUGAAGAGGCAAGAUAAGAUCUAAUAAAUUCGAUAGCAGAAAAUAAGAGGAUUAUUGAGUUUUUAAAAUUUUUAGUUCACAUCACAGCCUUUGAUGAAAAACUUAUUUAAUGUGGAUCGAAUGGACUAAAUUUAUUAGUAGGUCUGUAAGCUAAUCUAAGAAAUUAAAACUUUGAAAAUAUUAGGAUCAAAAAUACAUCUUUAAUUGGUGGUAAUUUUGAAAGGUGUAAUUUGAGUGGAUCUGAAUUUAAUAAUGUAGUUAUAAGUGGAUUGAACUUAAACUAAGCUUAACUAUUUAAUUGUAAAUGGAAGAAUUUGAAAAUAAAUGAAUUAAAUUAAUUAAUUUGUCAUUAAAAAUCUGUAAACUCAGUAUCUUUUUCCCCUGAUGGCGUUAUUUUAGCAUCUGGUAGUGAUGAUAACUCUAUAUGUUUAUGGGAUGUUAAAACAGGAUUAAAAAAUGCCUAAUUAGUAGGUCAUGAUAGAAGUGUUUACUCAGUAUGUUUCUCUUCCGAUGGCACAACAUUAGCAUCUGGUAGCGAUGAUAACUUUAUAUGUUUAUGGGAUGUUAAAACAAAGUUAAAAAAAGCCAAAUUUGUAGGUCAUGAUGGAGGUGUUUACUCAGUAUGUUUCUCUCCUGAUGGUUCUACUUUAGCAUCUGGUAGCGAUGACAACUCCAUAUGUUUAUGGGAUGUUAAAACAGGAUUAAAAAAAGCCAAAUUUGAUAAUCAUCUUGGCUGGGUCUACUCAGUAUUUUUUUCCCCUGAUGGUACAACAUUAGCAUGUGGCAGUGAUGAUAAUUCUAUAUGUUUAUGGGAUGUUAAAACAGGAUAAUUAACAAUUAAGUUUGAUGGUCAUGAGAAUUGGGUCAAAUCAGUAUGCUUCUCUCCAGAUGGUACUACACUAGCAUCUGGAAGUAAUGAUAACUCUAUCCGUUUAUGGGAUGCUAAAACAGGAUAAUAAAAAGCCAAACUGGAUGGUCAUGAUAAUUGGGUCAAAUCAGUAUGUUUCUCUCCUGAUGGUACUACAUUAGCAUCUGGUAGUGAUGAUAAUUCCAUAUGUUUAUGGGAUGUUAAAACAGGAUAAUAAAAAUUCAAAUUUGAUGGUCAUUAUGGUUGGGUCAACUCAGUAUGCUUCUCUCCAGAUGGUAUUACAUUAGCAUCUGGUAGUUAUGAUUACUCUAUCCGUUUAUGGGAUGUUUAAAUAGGAUAACAAUAAUCAAAAUUAGAUGGUCAUAGCGAUGAUGUAAACUCUAUAUGUUUCUCUUCUGAUUGUACUUCUUUAGCUUCUGGUAGUGAUGAUAACUCUAUAUGUUUGUGGGAUGUUAAAACAGGAUAAUAAAAAGCUAAGUUCGAUGGUCAUGAUGGUUUGGUAUACUCAGUUUGCUUCUCUCCUGAUGGUACUACCUUAGCAUCAGGUAGUGGUGAUAACUCUAUAUGCUUAUGGAACGUUACAACAGGGGAACAAAAAGCAAAAUUAGAUGGUCAUGAUGAACCUGUUGUGUCAGUUAGUUACUCUCCUGAUGGCCUUACUUUAGCAUCUGGUAGUGCAGAUCAAUCUAUCCGUUUAUGGGAUGUUUAAACAGGAUAGCAAAAAGCCAAAUUGGAUGGUCAUAAUGAACCUGUCUUAUCAGUGUGUUUCUCUCCUGAUGGUACUACCUUAGCAUCAGGCAGUGAUGAUAACUCUAUACGCUUAUGGGAUAUGACAACUGGGGAACAAAUAGCCAAAUUAGAUGGUCAUGAUGAACCUGUUGUGUCAGUUAGUUACUCUCCUGAUGGUAUUACAUUAGCAUCUGGCGGUUAUGAUAAUUAUAUCCGUUUAUGGGUUGUUAAUACAGGAUAAUAAAAGGCCAAAUUAGGUGGUCAUAGUGAUUGUGUCAGAUCAGUUUGUUUCACUCCAGAUGGUACUACAUUAGUAUCUAGUAGUAAUGAUAAUUCUAUUCGUUUAUGGGAUGUUAAUACAGGAUAAUAAAAGGCCAAAUUAGAAGAUCAUACUUAGCCAGUCUCCUCUGUAUGUAUUUCUCAUGAUGGUACUACAUUAGCAUCUGGUAGUUAUGAUAACUCUAUUCGUUUAUGGAAUGUUUGUACACCAAAAGCAGUUCAACUCUCUAAUAACAGUUAUGAAGAAAUUCUAUUAUCAUAGCAAACGACUGCAUUUUUAAAUCCCUUUUAUGAUAAUUGUAUUUAUUUUAAUGAUAUUUAGCUAAAACUUAUAUAACAAUUCUUCAUAUCACAUAAAAUCCAUAUUUACAUGCAUAAGGAGCUUUAAUAUACAAAGGAGAAUUUAUAAAUUAUUAUGGCUUAGAUUUAAAAUCAUUAUUUAAAUCAAAAGGAAGUAGCAUAAUAGAACAAGAACAGCAAACAACAUGA